AAAAAAAGUUUUUGGGAUAAUGGUUUCACAAUUUGAUGUUAUUGCUGAAAAGUAUCAUGAAGUAAAGAAUGAUAGUAAUAUGCACACUGCCCUUCACAUGUAUACGAUGGUAUCACUUCUUCCUUAUGAAUCGUUAAAGGGAAAAACCGUCCUAGAUCUUGCUUGUGGAAGUGGUGUAUAUAGUAGAAUAGCUGCUGAACUUGGUGCCGAAAAUGUAAUAGGAGUCGAUAUCUCAUCUGUGAUGAUCAAUAUUGGAAAACAGAUUGAAGAAAAAACUGGUGGUUCAAAAAUCCAAUAUAUUGUAAAAGAUGUUGUUGAUAUAGGUAAACUUGGAGAAUUUGACGUAGUUUGGGCGUCUUUCUUGCUUUCAUAUGCUAAAAAUAUUGACAACCUGAAACAAAUGAUUCAAGUGGUUUAUAAUAAUCUUAAGCCUGUUGCUGGUGAUUCGUGGCCACCAGAUAAUGAACAACUUAGAAAGUACGGAAAGGCAAACAAAUUGAUAUCGACAAACGAACCUCAAGACGGGGAUAAACUAAUUGUGACUUUAUAUUUUAAUGAUGGCUCUGAG